CGGAUAACCCGUAGAAAAUGGCGUCUGUUAAAGGAAGUAAGACUUCAUCUAAAGGAAACUCAAUUUUAUUGAAGAACAGAGUGUUCUUAACCAAAAACUUGCACGCUGACGAGGUCAUAGAGCUCUUGCUCCAGGAAAGGAAACUUGCCCGUUCUGAAUAUGACGACAUAGUUGGUCAGACUACGCGCGAGAAUAAGGUGAAGAAGUUGUUAGAUAUACUUGGAACGAAGGAUCAUAGCGCUUAUAGCGUUUUUAGAAAGGGGCUGGAAGAGGGCGAAUGUGACCAGCGCUUUAUUAUUGAGAAACUGGACAAAGCUGUGAGCCAGACGGCUGAACGUCGGCUAAAAGUAAUAUUCCUGGGGGCGACUGAAAGCGGAAAGACUAGUCUCUUAGACAGAUACGUAGAUGACAAGUUUCUAGCAAAGACCGCUCCAACGCUAGGGCCAGAUUACCGAAUUAAAACUGUGAAUUCUGAAGAUUUUGAUGAAUCUGUGAAGCUACAACUUUGGGACUGUCCUGGAAAGGGGACGUAUAUUUCAAUGUCCCGCACAUAUUACCGCGCUGUGGAUGCAAUUAUUUUGGUUUACGACGUAACAAGAAAAAAGACGUUUGAAGAAGUUCGGCACUUUUUACAAGACUUCUACAACAACAGUCGAGGUUGCGACGAUGCAGUGAUAAUGUUGAUUGGCAACAAACAAGAUCUUGUCCUCGAGGAUAAUAGAAAUAAGCGUGAGGUGGAACCCAUCGAGGCCUCAGAAUUCGCCAAACAACAUGACAUUGACUUCACGCAUGAGACAUCUGCAAAAACGGGCGCUAAUGUUGAAGCCGUGUUCAGAAUCCUCAUAAAUGAAAUGUGCCAGAGAAAUGCGGGCAAGGCAGAUGAUUCAGAUAUCAUACAUCUCCAGUCUGACAAGCACCGGCGAGAACCAUUAGUAAACUGUAAAUGUUAAAAGGAUAAAUAAUGUGGAGAAAGAAAACCGCUUGGUUAUCGAGAGCUCAGGAAAAAACAAGUUAUUGGUAUCUUAAUACACCGGGUCAUAACUUUCGAGUAUGUUUUCCCCUUUUAAUUAUCUCGUCAGUAAGCAAUACUGUCUUCUCCUUGCUGUGUUCUUGUCUUUAUCAUCAUUGGCGGCGUACAAUAUUAAACAAAAAAAUGCAUUAUUGUGUUCAAGCGGGGUUGGCACUGCCGUUACCAGUGUGUUCCAAAAAUCCCUUGAACGUUCGUUUUGGGCCGCCCUCCUUGCGGAGAUGUGUGAGGAAGAAGCUGCACAGUGAAUGUGCAUCCCCCUCUUCAUAUCUUGCUUUUCUCUCGGAUAUGAUUUUAAACUCCACGUGCAAUAUUACACUGAAUUAAAGAGUAAAGUUUCAUUUGGGAACACUUGACACGUAAAGAGAUUAAAAUUUAAUAAGUAUGACGUCAUGAUAGACAUGAUAAUGCCAUAAGUAACAGCUUAGAUACUCUAAAUGCGCUAAAUGCAAAAAUUGUGCAAACAGAUAUUGGGACCGAGGGAGAGAAAGAGAUAUAAAUUGUAGACUUACUUAGCUAUUGAUUUUUUUCUCGUUACCUCAAAGAUUGGGGGACGGCCCUAAAUCUAGUAAUCGUGUAAUUUAAUGAAUAAAUCUAAUUGUAUUUGUUCAUGGUCUUGUUCCAAUGCAUUCAUUUUGUAAUUGCUUAAAAAUUCGUUUAUGGGCAUGAA